GCUCACGCCGUGCCCUCCGCCCCGCCCCAGACGAUGAGCUCCCAGGUGACGGGCCUGGGCCUCGACAGGAUGAAGCUGGACAGUCCGCAGUCCCCCCUGGACCAAGAGGAGGCGGAGGAGGCUGAGGACGGGCAGCUGCUGGACCCGCAGGCGUGGAGGACCUACGUGGAACGCCGCAACGCGCUGCGGGAGUUCCUGAGCUCGGACCUGAGCCCCCACCUGCUCCGGCGCCACCAUGCCCGCGUGGAGCUGCUCAGGAAGUGCUCCUACUACGUCGAGAUCCUCCCCAAGCAGCUGGCCCUGGGCGACCAGAACCCGCUGGUGCUGCCCAGCGCCAUGUUCCAGCUCAUCGACCCCUGGAAGUUCCAGCGCAUGAAGAAGGUGGGCACCGCCCAGACCAAGAUCCAGCUCCUGCUGCUGGGGCACCUGCUGGAGCAGCUGGACUGCGGCCGCGCCGAGCUGGACGCCCUGCUCGAGUCGCCCGACCCGCAGCCCUUCCUGACAGGCUGGGGACUGGUGGAGCGGCGACUGGCAGAGCUGUCGGCCGUCAUGGACAGCUUCCUGGCCAUGAUGGUGCCCGGGUGCCUGCACCUCAAGCACCGUCUGGUGUCCGACAUUGGCGCCACCAAGAUCCCGCACAUCCGCCUCAUGCUGAGCACCAAGAUGCCCGUCAUGUUCGACCGCAAGGAGUCGGUGGCCUACCAGGACUGGGUCAGCUUGCGCUGGUUUGUCACCAUCCAGCCUGCGGCGCCAGAGCAGUUUGAGCUGCGCUUCAAGCUGCUGGAUCCGCGGACGCAGCAGGAGUGCACGCAGUGUGGCCUCAUCCCCGUGGCUGCCUGCACCUUCGACAUCCGCAACCUGCUGCCCAACCGCGCCUACAAGUUCACGGUCAAGAGAGCAGAGAGCUACACGCUGGUGUACGAGCCCUGGCGGGACAGCCUCACCCUGCAGACCCGGCCGGGGCCCACCAAGGGGCCCACCCCAAGUCGGCUGGGCAGGCCAGGCCCACCCCCGACCACACCUUCCGAGAGAUGA